GUAGUGGUCAGCUAAAUUUAGUUUUAGCCUUGCUCUUGACAUGGAAAUCAGGUUUUUCACAGGAUAAAUAAUUUAAAGUUAAAAUGAGAGACGAGAUUCGACAGAGGUUUUACACCAGUAUAUCAGGUGCUGUAAAUAUGACGUCACGCGCCGUUGACGGCUGAAAUAAUUAUUGAUGCGUGUUUACUCAGAGUACGUUCUGGCCAGGUUAUCUAUUGGUAAAGUGAGUCGUCGCAGCUUUAAAACGUAAAAAUACCACGCAGGAUCGGCUGAUAUUUUUCUCUGCGUACUUCUUUGAUUUGACAGCAUUUUCUUUGGGGUCAAGUGAACCAUAGCUGACUUUUCACGUCAGUCAGUUAACAUGACGAACAAACGAUCACUGGAGCGUCGUAGCUGCACAGAGUAUUUUGAUGCUGCUGUGCUAGAUGCAUUUCCAAAGAAGAGGACAUCAGUACGUAUUCUGGAUGCGGGCGCAGGACAAGGUUCAACCGCCUCUUACCUGCGUUCCUUGGGAUACAACAACAUUGAUGCCUUGACAGUGUCUAAAGAGAGACUUGAUCGUGCAGAAGCAAGUGGACUUUACAGAAACCUUCUUUACACUGCUCUGAAAGCAGAAUCCACCUUGUGCGCCACUGGUGCGUUUGAUGCCAUGAUCUGUGCAGACGGUGUUUUUCCAGAUGAAGUGGACCCUGAUGCAAUGGAUGAGAUGUUACGCCUUGUCAAGCCAGGUGGUAUUGUGUGCUUCACAAUGAAUGCAGCACUAUUUGACAGUGCCCAUAACAGCUUCCGAUUAAAAUGUGAAGACUUCAUCUCCAAGAGAAAAUGGAAACUAAUAUCACAAGGGAUUACUUCCCAACCCCAAGAUUCAGAGAAAGACAACAAUAAUCAUCAAUGUGCUGAAAGAAACUCUUCAGACAGCUAUGUUUUAGUUUUUGUGGUAAUUGAUAAUUACUAAAACUUUGUAUCUGUAAAGGGGGUAAGUUUCUAAAGAAACUGUGGUGCUGCAUCGGUGGGAGAGUAUAACAGGUAAUUUAGUGUUAACAACUAAGUUGAAAACAUAAAUUAGCCACAGUAAAGGGUAAAAAAUUAUAAUUGCUCUGAUGAAGGGCUUAUGCUCGAAAUGUCAGCUUUUUUUAUCCUUUAUGGUGGCCAAUUUAUGCUUUCAACUUAGUUGUUAACACUAAAUUACCUUUGCAUCCAUAGCCUGGCAUAAUGUCAGCUUUGAAUAUUAACAUCAAGUGCGGUCAUCUUACAGAGAAUGGUGAAAAUAUUAUUAAAUUUAUUUGGAGAUGUUAACUCUUGAGGCCAAUGGUACUACCCGACCCAUAUUUUUAUUGCAAAAAAAUUCACCAGCAAAACUUAUUUGAUCAUAUAAAUACUAUUACAUUAAGCUCUUUAUAGUAGUUUUCAAUUGAAAAUCAAAUGUUUUGCCACAAAAUUUAUAUGGCGUGCACUCAGAUAAGUGCACAUGGGCAAUCUUUUUUUGUAGCCUUUAUGCCUGUUUUCAACUCUUUUUUGAGGCAACCAUGAGAAUAUAAUGUUUUUUAUCCAUUCACUCUGUCAAGAAAUAUUGCAUUUAAAAAAAGGCUACAUAAGAUUUUUUUUAUCUAAAAUUUUAAGAUAGAACAUAAUUUAACACUAAACAUUCAUGAAAAUUAAUGAAUAAAUGGUAUAGCAGUGCUUGUAUUAAGGAUUUAUAAAUUUACUGUAAAUUAUUUAAGAAGGAAAAUUAUUCUUUGAUAAGAAUUUGUGACUGUCACAGUUCAGGCCAUCUGUCUUUGUAAAAAUAUUGAAUAUGGUCUUUUGAGUCAGUCUACUUAGUCUUUAUUGUAACUAUUUUGAUUAUGAUCAGAAAUUUAAAUGUUAUAAAUAGCUUGUUUAUUAACUAUAAUUUAAAACUGUUUGCUCUCUAUGAAAGAGAAUGCAAUUGGGCCAUCCACAAAUGGUUUGGCUGUAUGUUUUGUAGGAUAAAAAUAAUAUUCAGCUGUUGGAAACAAUAAAACUUUGUAAAUACA